AACAAAAUGGCGUMUAAAUCGGUAAAGGRUGUUAUUGUGAUUACCGGGGUUUCUUCCGGUCUUGGCUUGGCAAUGACUGACUGGUUUCAAUCAAAAGGAUAUAUUGUAGUUGGAUGUUCGCGCUCAAGUGAUGCGAUUGAUGAACUUAAUAAGAAAUUUUGCUCAAAUAACGAGCAGUUCUGCACCGUCGACAUCGCAAGUGAUACACAAGUGGAAGCCUGGGCUAGCAGGGUUGUUGCUUCCUUUGGUCCUCCAAAUUUUCUCCUGAACAAUGCAGGAACAAUGAACCAGCGGGCCAACCUGUGGAGUGUUCCAGUAGAAGAAUUUGACAAAGUGGUUGAUGUAAACAUUAAAGGCACUACUAAUGUUUUACGUCAUUUUGUUCCAAGAAUGAUYGAGGCAAAGAAGGGCAUYAUUGUSAAUUUCACAUCAGGUUGGGGGCGUUCUGUAUCACCCSAUGUGGCCCCUUAUUGUGCUACUAAGUAUGCUCUAGAAGGACUAUCGAAGGCCCUAGCGAUGGAGCUUCCAGCCCCCUUGGCAUGUAUCCCCCUUAAUCCAGGAAUAAUCAAUACUCCUUUGCUUCAUAUAGGCUUUGGACCCAGAGCGGACAUGUUUCCUAGUCCUGAGGAAUGGGUACAAACUGCAGGCCCUUACAUCUUGUCAUUGACUCGCAGUCAUAAUGGCAAAAGUCUUGAACCCUCUUAAUCUUAAUGGCUAGGGGUAGUAUGAAUUAAGGUGGAUGACAUCAUCCACCCAUUGAUUUGGUGUGGAUUUAUAUACUUCAAAGAUUUAUCUGGGGCAGGUUGUAUGAUGGUAAAUAGAAGUACCUACCCAAUAAAUCCUUAUCCAGGAAAAAUCCAUACAAAAUUUAUGGUUUGGAUGAUUUAUCCACCCUUUGUUCAAGCAGUCCCUGGUAGUGAUUAUAACCAUUUGUACAAUAGACCAAUCCCGCAUUAGCUUGGAUGAACACGAAAAAAUGGCUUCAUUCCGAGGCUGGAGUUUUAUCUUUUGUCGAAAACUCCAGCCUCGAAAUGAAGCCAUUGUUCCAUGUUCAUGCAAACGAAUUCGGAAUUGGUCUAUUGGCUCAGAGCUUGAAAUGUAUCCACCGAUUGAGAGCAAUAAGAUUCUGGAUAAGGAAAUACUAUCCAGUUUAGUCUCUAUGAUC